CACUCGGCCGGCCAAGCGAUAUUAAAAUGUCUGAUGAUGCUCGUGACGCCAUAGCCAACGGAGUCGGAGAAGAUGCUGCUGAGAUGCCCAACAGUGACUCCCCUGCUGAAGACGCAGCAGAAGUGCAGUGUGGUCCAGCUACAGCUUCAAAUGUGCCAGCACCGGCUGACCACACAGGAGAGCAGCCUGAGAUCACAGCUGCAUGUGCAGAGACCACCCCUACAGGGCUUCUAGACCAGUCCGAGGCCUGUGAUGGCAACCAGACUCCCCUCAAUGGAGAAGUAACUGAAGACACCCUGGCUGAGUGCAUUGAUUCUGUCAGCCUUGAGGGAGACACGGGAUCUGAAAUACCUCUGAAAGAACAGAACGACGUGGCUGUGGACUCCUCACCACAGGCAGGAAGAUGGGCAGGCUGGGGGUCCUGGGGCAAAUCUCUGCUCUCAUCUGCAUCAGCCACAGUGGGUCAUGGGUUAACAGCAGUCAGAGAAAAGGCAGGAGCAACCUUACGAAUCCACAGUGUCAAUUCCGGAUCUCCUGAAGGAGCCCCAACUGAUGCCGAAAACGACAUCUCGGAAAAUGUGACUCCAGAUCAGGACCCUGCCGGAGGCCCCCACAGUCCCCCUCCACCAGGGGCGGCAGGGUCUAGGGGCAUGCUGUCAGCCCUUACCAACGUGGUUCAAAACACGGGCAAAAGCGUCUUAACCGGAGGUCUGGAUGCUUUAGAAUUCAUUGGCAAGAAAACUAUGAAUGUCCUCGCAGAAAGCGACCCGGGGUUUAAGCGGACCAAGACACUGAUGGAGAGAACGGUUUCCUUGUCCCAGAUGUUGAGAGAAGCCAAGGAGAAGGAGAAGCAGAGGCUGGCCCAGCAGCUCACAGUGGAGAGGACUGCACACUAUGGGAUGCUGUUUGAUGAAUAUCAAGGUUUGUCACAUCUGGAAGCCCUGGAAAUUCUGUCCAAUGAGAGUGAAAGCAAGGUUCAGUCCUUUUUAGCAUCACUGGAUGGAGAGAAACUAGAACUGUUGAAAAAUGACCUAAUUUCUAUCAAAGACAUCUUUGUAGCCAAAGAAUCAGAGAAUGAAGCAAAUCCGGAAGAACAAGGCCUAGAAGAAAGCGGGGAAGAAUUUGCUAGGAUGCUCACAGAGCUCCUGUUUGAUUUACACGUCGCCGCCACACCUGACAAACUCAAUAAGGCCAUGAAGAAAGCUCAUGACUGGGUUGAAGAGGAUCGAAGUGUGGUGUCAGUAGAUGUGGCGAAAGGGUCUGAGGAGGAAGAGAAGAAAGAAGAAGAGGAAGAGAAAGCUGAAGAAGCUGAAGAAAACAAAACGGGGGGCAAAGGAGCUAAGACAGUGGAGGAAGUGUACAUGUUGUCCAUCGAAAGUCUGGCUGAGGUCACUGCACGCUGCAUUGAACAGCUUCAUAAAGUUGCAGAGUUAAUUCUCCAUGGACAAGAGGAGGAAAAGCCAGCUCAAGACCAAGCAAAAGUUCUGAUAAAAUUAACCACGGCAAUGUGCAAUGAAGUAGCCUCCCUAUCGAAGAAGUUUACGAAUUCUUUAACCACCAUUGGGAGCAACAAGAAGGCUGAAGUCCUUAACCCCAUGAUUAAUAGUGUGUUUUUAGAGGGCUGCAAUAGCACCACAUAUGUCCAGGACGCCCUCCAGCUGCUGCUCCCGGUACUGCAGGUCUCCCACAUCCGCACCAGCUGUUUGAAAGCUACAACCCAGCCGGACUCCAGCUAGUUCAAUGGCAGGCCACAUCUCUUCUCUACAUACCCUUUAAAGGCAACGGACUUCUACGUCACUGGCCAAACCACCCAUCUGAGGACACUACAAGCAAUUUUUGCACAGUUUUGAAAAUACAGAGAGCUAACAUUUCUCUUAAUGUAUACUGUUUUAUCAAUAAUUAUGUUGUCUUUAUGUUAACUUAAACUUGUACUUGUUAUAUUGAAGUUUUCCUGUAAUUUGCAGUUCAUUCACAAAUAUAUCUGUUUUCCUGGUCGACCA